AUGGCAGUUGUCAACGUCUAUACGACAUCUGCAACUACAGAAAAUUUGUCUCGACAUGAGAUGUUGAUGUGGGUUAAUGACUGCCUCCAGUCCAACUUUACUCGUAUCGAGGACAUGCAUACUGGCGCAGCGUACUGUCAGUUUACUGAUUUCCUUUUCCCUGGAUCAAUUCAACUGCGUCGGGUAAAAUGGAACAGCAAGUUAGAACUUGAUUGGCUGGAUAACUGGAAAUUAUUGCAAACUGCAUGGAAAUCUUUAGGAGUUGAAAAAAUUGUCCCAGUUGAGAAAUUAAUUAAAGGAAAGUUCCAAGACAACUUUGAAUUCCUGCAGUGGUUUAAAAAAUUUUUCGAUGCUAACUAUGACGAUCAUGAAUAUAAUCCAUUAGAUGCUCGAGGAGGCGUGCCUUUGCCGUCAAACCAAACCCAGAAUACACGUGUACCAACGCGGUUGUCGACAAAAACUACGUCGGUUACAAAACCACCUGUUGCUAGUGCCCCUCGGACUGCUUCUAAUGGUUCUGUUGGGAAAACCGAGACUAGACGGGCAGUAACAAGUGGUCAUGCAGGCACCCAACGACCUGCAACAGCACGAACAAUGACAGCUACCGCAACGGCUCCUCGUGCUGCUGCUCCUGCCGGUUCUCAAGUUGAUGCCAAACAUAUUGCUAAUCUAAAGAAGGAAUUGGAAGAAGCGCGUCAUCAGUUAGCUGAAACGGACAUUGUUAUUGCUAGUCUUGAAAAGGAACGUGAUUUUUAUUUUUCAAAACUACGACAGAUUGAAGUGUUUUGCCAGGACAAUGAGCAGAUUGGAACUGUUGAUGUGCCUACAAUAUUGGGGGUACUUUACGAGACAGAAGAAGGUUUUGCUCAGCCUACAGAAAAUGACGUUGAAAAUGGCGGCGAAGAAGUAUAUUAG